AUGGCUACAGAUUCGGUGCUACAGCAGAUCCUCUCCGCAAAGAUCGUGAUCCUCUGCGACUUUAACGCCCAUCACGCCGAAUGGCUUGGUUUACGUUUAACCGUUCAUGCGGGGAGAUUUGUUUAUGAUUUUGCCUUGGCUUAUGAUCUGACACAACUGGUUACUUCGCCUACGCGGAUUCCAGAUGUGGAGGAUCAAGCACCUUCACUGUUGGACCUUCUGCUGACCUCUCACCCGGACGGAUAUCAGAUUUCCGUCGACGCCCCUUUAGGCUCCUCGGACCAUUGUCUUGUAGAUCUUCUGGUCUAUCUAACUUACAGAUGGGCGGAGGCAGUAGAGUCCAAGGGGGAGGCAUUGGCCGUUAGUUUGGACAUUGCGAAGGCCUUCGAUCGGGUUUGGCACAAAGCGCUUCUUUCGAAGCUCCCUUCCUAUGGGCUUCCCAAGAAAUUGUGCGAUUGGAUCACCAGCUUUCUUGCAGAUCGGAGCAUCAAGGUCGUUGUUGACGAUGCAAGCUCCGAUUACAAGCCUAUUAAUGCUGGUGUUCCACAAGGCUGCGUGCUAUCGCCAACGCUGUUUCUUCUGCAUAUCAAUGAUAUGUUGCAAACCCGUAACAUUCCUUGCUAUGCAGAUGACAGCACUGGUGAUGCUUUUUACACCGGCCGAGCCAAUAUUUUGCGGGAAAACGUCUCCGAAUGCCGGGAUAAACUUGUGUCUGAAGUCGAGUCUUUGCGUAGCAGAGUCUCGGAUUGGGCGCGACUAAAUCUAGUCCAGUUUAACCCCCAGAAGACACAAGUUUGCGCGUUAACAGCUAAAAAGGACCCCUAUGUCGUAUCUCCUCAUUUUCAAGGCACUCCUCUUGUUGCCUCAGCCAGUAUCGGAAUCCUUGGCGUCGACAUAUCGAGUGACGUGCAGUUUCGUGGUCACUUGAAAGAGAAGGCCAAAUUGACCUCCAAAAAGCUUGGCGUGCUCAGCAGAGCGGGACAGUAUUUCAUGCCGGCACACCGCCUGCAACUUUACAAGGUGCAGGUUCGGCCGCACAUGGAAUACUGUUCCCAUCUCUGGGCUGGGGCUCCCCAGUACCAGCUCCUUCCACUUGACCGCAUCCAGCGCAGAGCGGCUCGAAUCGUCGACGACCGAGUGCUUUUCGAUCUGCUCAAUUCACUGGCACUGCGAAGAGAUGAUGCAUCUCUUUGCAUUUUCUUUCACAUAUAG